CCAGCUGCAUCCCCCUGCCGGGACCAGGAGAUGCGGACUCCCAGUGCCCAGCCCAGCCAUGCUGCUGCCAAGAGAUCCCUGCGCUGCUACCGGAGACCCCGGGACUCACCCAGCCCCUCUGCCGGCAGUUGGAGGGCUGGCCGGAGCCGUGCCAGCCGCUCUUUCAGCUCCAGUUCAGACGGAGCUAGUGAGUCCUCAUCUUCAUCUUCAUCCUCAUCCUCCCGAUCCCGGUCACGGUCGUUCUCCCCACCGUCCAAGCGGUGGCGAAGGUACCGCUCAAGAUGUUCCCACAGCUCCUCCUCCCGCUCCAGCUGUGGGUCAUGUGGCAGGUCCCGGGAGAGGUCCUCAUCCUCAUCAUCAACGUCCUCCUACUCAUCCAGGUCCACGUCCCGCAGCCAGUCCCGCUCCCGCUCCCCCUCGCCCCGCAGGAGGAGUAACAGGCGGAGAAGAUACAGUUACGACGCACAGGAUCACUACCAAAGGCAGAGGAUCCUCCAGAAGGAACGUGCAAUAGAGGAGCGGCGAGUUGUGUUUAUCGGCAAGAUCCCCAGCAGGAUGACACGGUCGGAGCUGCGGCACCGCUUCUCUGUGUUUGGGGACAUCGAGGAGUGCACCCUGCACUUCCGCUCCGAGGGGGACAACUAUGGCUUUGUCACCUACCGCUACGCCGAGGAGGCCUUUGCCGCCAUUGAGAGCGGGCACAAGCUGCGGCGCCCGGAUGAGCAGCCCUUCGAUCUUUGCUUCGGCGGCCGCCGGCAGUUCUGCAGGAGGAACUACGCUGACUUGGACUCAAACCGGGAGGAUUUCGACCCAGCCCCUGUCAAGAGCAAGUUUGACUCCCUGGACUUCGACACGCUGCUGCGGCAGGCACAGCGCAGCCUGCGGAGGUAGCGGCAGGCGAGGCGGUGCGCCCGCCCCCACUUUUAUACUCAAAUACAAAAGACAAAAAAAGUAUAGAGAGAGAGAAAGAGAGAAAGGAGGUUUUUAAGAAAAAGAAAAAGGAAAAAAAGAAAUUUGUUUUAUAACCAGUAUUUAAGGAGGACGGGUCAUUUGCCUUCGACCAGAGGGGCCUAGACAAGUGGCAGCCCCAGGCUUGCCCCAGCCGUGUAAUAAAUGUGGAUGCCCAAACA